CCCGCCCAGCGGAAGCUGUGCCGGGAGGAGGGAUGGCGGCCAUGGCGAAGCGGAAAGCGGAGGCGCUGAUCCCGGCGGAGGAGAGCGACCAAUUGCUCAUCCGGCCCCUAGGAGCUGGCCAAGAAGUAGGAAGAUCAUGCAUUAUUCUGGAGUUUAAAGGAAGGAAAAUAAUGCUUGAUUGUGGCAUCCAUCCUGGGCUGGAAGGAAUGGAUGCACUUCCUUACAUUGACUUGAUAGACCCUGCUGAGAUUGACCUCCUUCUGAUUAGCCAUUUCCAUUUAGAUCACUGUGGAGCUUUGCCGUGGUUUUUGCAGAAGACAAGUUUUAAAGGAAGGACGUUUAUGACUCAUGCCACAAAAGCAAUUUACAGAUGGCUUCUGUCAGACUACGUCAAAGUCAGUAAUAUAUCAGCAGAUGACAUGCUGUAUACAGAAACAGAUCUUGAAGAAAGCAUGGACAAGAUUGAAACCAUCAACUUCCAUGAAGUGAAGGAGGUGGCAGGCAUCAAGUUCUGGUGUUACCACGCGGGCCACGUACUGGGAGCAGCCAUGUUCAUGAUUGAAAUAGCUGGUGUGAAGCUUUUGUACACAGGUGAUUUCUCAAGGCAGGAGGACAGACACCUGAUGGCAGCUGAGAUUCCCAAUAUUAAACCCGAUAUUCUUAUCAUUGAAUCCACCUAUGGGACUCAUAUUCAUGAGAAAAGGGAAGAGCGAGAGGCGCGGUUCUGUAACACCGUCCAUGACAUUGUGAAUAGAGGAGGGAGAGGUCUCAUUCCUGUCUUUGCCCUGGGCCGGGCACAAGAACUGCUUUUAAUUUUGGAUGAAUAUUGGCAAAAUCAUCCUGAGCUCCACGACAUCCCCAUUUACUACGCUUCCUCGCUGGCGAAGAAAUGCAUGGCUGUUUAUCAGACGUAUGUCAAUGCCAUGAAUGACAAAAUCCGCAAGCAAAUCAACAUCAACAAUCCAUUUGUUUUCAAGCAUAUCAGCAAUCUGAAGAGCAUGGAUCAUUUUGAUGAUAUUGGCCCAAGCGUUGUGAUGGCUUCCCCUGGUAUGAUGCAGAGCGGCUUAUCCAGGGAGCUGUUUGAGAGCUGGUGCACGGAUAAGAGAAAUGGAGUAAUUAUAGCUGGGUACUGUGUGGAAGGAACGCUUGCUAAGCAUAUCAUGUCCGAACCAGAAGAGAUCACAACUAUGUCAGGGCAAAAGCUGCCUCUGAAGAUGUCUGUGGAUUACAUUUCUUUCUCUGCUCACACAGAUUAUCAACAAACCAGCGAGUUUAUCCGGGCCCUGAAGCCUCCACACGUGAUUUUAGUUCAUGGUGAGCAGAAUGAAAUGGCCAGAUUGAAGGCAGCAUUGAUACGGGAGUAUGAAGAUAACGACGAAGUUCAUAUAGAAGUUCAUAAUCCGAGGAAUACUGAAGCUGUGACGUUAAACUUCAGAGGAGAAAAGCUUGCCAAGGUGAUGGGCUCUUUAGCAGAUAAGAAGCCGGAGCAAGGACAGAGAAUUUCUGGAAUCCUGGUCAAAAGGAAUUUUAACUAUCACAUCCUUUCUCCGUGUGACCUCUCCAAUUAUACGGACUUGGCUAUGAGCACUGUGACACAGACACUGGCCAUUCCAUAUACCGGCCCUUUCAAUCUGCUCUUUUAUCAGCUGCAGAAGCUUACGGGUGAUGUAGAGGAAAUAGAAAUCCAACAGAAACCAGCCCUGAAGGUCUUCAAAAGUAUUACUGUAAUCCAGGAACCAGGCAUGGUAGUCCUCGAGUGGGUGGCCAAUCCUGCCAAUGACAUGUAUGCAGACACCGUGACCACAGUGAUACUGGAAGUUCAGUCGAAUCCCAAGAUACAGAAAGCUGCAGUGCAGAAAGUUUCCACAAAAGUAGACACGGAAGAGUAUCGCAAGAGAGUGGAAAUGAUGCUUCAGGAUAUGUUUGGAGAGGACUGUGUGAGUUCCAAGGAAGGCUCCAUUCUGUGUGUCACCGUAGAUGGCAAAACUGCAAACCUCUCACUGGAAACUCGGACGGCUGACUGCGAGCCAGGCAGUGAGGACGAUGAAUCCCUGCGAGAGAUGGUGGAACUGGCUGCACAGAGGCUGUACGACGCCCUCAGCCCCGUGUACUGCUGACCUGUAGAUACGUAGGACACAUACAAAAAGCUUGUAACGUUCAAACUUGGACUUUUUGUUUUUUAUAAAGUGAAUAAACGUUUUCAUCAGCAACUCAAA